AUGAGUUCCCUUUCGACCUUCUCUUCCACUGCCCUCAUCAUCAAUGCCAACUCCGAGGUGGGGGUGCAAUUGGUAAAGGAUAUUACCAAGAAGGGCAAUCAUGUAGUUGCCCUGGCAAUUAAUACCGCAGAAUUGUUGGAUGCACUCUACUAUACUAAUCCCGAGAUAAGGGGGUCAUUCACGGUUAGAACUAUUAAAGACCCAUCCGAUUCUGUUGUUAAUGACGACUUUUUGGCUGGCUUGAAGCUCGACGAUUAUAAGCCCUUGGAUGUGGUGAUUUCCCUAAACCCAACUAUUGACGAUUGUGUCCAAUGGGAUUUGCAAACCAUUCUCGGACUCUCGGAAAAUAAAGGCUUGGCGAAGGACGCCCUAGUAAUGGUUGGUAGGGCACGGGUCGAUCCAAACAACUCCCUCAAUGCACAACUCGAAUCUCUAACAUCAAAGCUUCAAAAGAAUCUCACAAGUAAAAACAUCACCUUCUUGGACUUGAUCUCGCUAUCAGCACUGCCUGGAGAUGAAGAGUACCUAUCGAGCAUCUAUUUGAACGAGAUAGUCAGGAAAGAGUACAAAGUGGAAACUUUCGACUCGAUCCCUAGCUUCCUAGACUACCUUAUCUACUUCUACAUUCCAGGGUUUUUGCUAAUCCCCUUCAUAUAUUUGAGAAACUUGCUUCUCUCCAUCCUUACUGUGAAGGAGAAAACAUCAUGA